CCUUUCCUUCUCUUCACGCUGAGGAACAAGGUCGAGGGAAGCGGACGAGGUGAAGCUAUUCUUCCGCCUGCGGUCUUUGCGCUCUUCGCUGAGGCCCCAGCAGCGCCAUGUUGGGACAGAGCAUUCGGCGGUUCACCACUUCGGUCGUCCGUCGGAGCCACUAUGAGGAGGGUCCCGGGAAGAAUUUGCCAUUUUCAGUGGAAAACAAGUGGCGCUUACUGGUUAUGAUGACCUUAUACUUUGGAUCAGGAUUUGCUGCCCCUUUCUUCAUAGUAAGACACCAACUGCUUAAGAAGUAAGGACGUUCUAAUUCAUCCACAUAACAGAUACGAAGACUGUUUUAAGAGGUGCAAUCUCUGAAAAAUGAAUCAAACUCUUGGAUUCAUAGCAUACUAGAUGUUUGUAAAUAAACUAAUGACAUGAAUA